AUGCCUCUGGAUGAACUCCAUCUCUACAGAGUCACCUAUGGCUCAGAGUUCAUCACGACUGAACAACGCUUGUCAGAAUACGAUAAUGGUCAUCUGACCCGCGUCAUUGAGAAGGAGUGGCCGACGCUUGCCGGCACCAAUAUCCCAAGCCCUCCUCCUCCUCUUCUUCCACAAGCCGCCUCGGAUGCACACCAAGGCAUCGUCACAAGCACGCAGAUGGUGAUGCAUCAGAAGGAGCCCCGCUAUCGCUAUCAAGUGACGUUCAAUGGAGAGUGCUUCGUGAGCCCUUCUGUUAAUCCUGAGGGCUUAUCUCUCGCCGUGGUACUGGAGAAGACAGCGAGCGUGUGGUCGGAGCUCACCGACCGUACAACAGCUAUUCUGUGUUACGAUAAGGUUGGGAAGUCUUGGAAGGUGACCAAGGAGACGAGCAUGAUCGGUCUAUUCGAUUGCUUUGCUGAGGAGAUAGUGAGGUCCUCUACUGGGGACACAGUCUUCAUCCUCAAGCUGGCAGUUCUGCUCGAAGACACUACUGACCAGGGGGUUUCCGAAGAUAGUGCAGUUCGUUGUCCAAGCCCCAGUACAUCAUCGGAUGUUGCUGGUACGACAUUUGCUGUAGCUCUGGGGGGUUCAUCUCAUACACGACCACCCAACUCAUGGGUUCCUAGUACUGUGAACAAGGCAGGAAAUGUCCCCUGCAAGGAUCAUGAAGUGAUGGUGGUGUGGGAGCGCACGUAA